AUGGUGAAAGCUUCAGAUCAAGCAGGCUUGGGGUUCUUAAUCUACACAUUGUCUUCUACAAACUCAAAGCAAGAAAAGGUUGAAAAAGCUGAAGAAAGAAGGAAAAUCGCAUUUACUUCUGGAACCGAGGGAUGUUCUGGCAAUUUUCCAGUGAAUUUCGAUGAAGAUAAUAGUCGAGAAACCCAGAGACCUUUGAGAAAACUCUUAUUCAGGUUGAAGUGGGAAGUCCUUAGCCAUUGGAUCUUGAUAGAGUCUGUUAUGCAAUGGAGGGCAGAGAUUAGUCAGCUAGAAGCCGCUGAUUUUUGUGUUAUGCUAGAACUGAAUUUAGUUGGGACUUGA